GGCAACUCAACAACGGUUGCGAUUUCGUUCGAUGGGGAUGCGGAGCCGAUCUUAAACGAGGAGAGGCCGAGUGCGGCGGUACCAACGUCGUUUGCCUCCGGCACUACGUCGCGAGAUACAGAACCUCAACCGGCAACUUCGUUUCUUCAUGAGAAAGAGAAUGCCAUGCACACUGCGGACGUAUGGAUGCGCUCGGAUUUGUAUCCAUCGGAACAUGUGAUCAAGAAUGAUGCUGCUUUGCGGUCAGCGGCAGACUCUGCUUCUUCGGAUAAAGCGACGGGAGAAUCUGCUUCCUCCUACAAACUGACGGCUGAUGCUCAAUCCUUUUACAAAGCGACGGCAGACUCUGCCCAUUCGGACAAAGUAGCGGACGACUCUGCUUCUUCGGACACGACGAAAAUAGAUCCAACGUCGUUUCUCGAUUUGACUAAAGG